UUGACUUUUUGAGGUUAAAAAUAAAUUCACUGGAACUGCUGGAACCAAAAUCCCGAAACCCUCUCGUUCGUUGAAUUUUAUGUUCGGUUCGUACUUUAUUUGUUUCUAUCAGCCUUGCUUGUCAUAACAGUAUUUGCACUCAAUUAAUGUAUUGAUUUCCAGUUAUACGUAUCUCCUUCACAAUCGCGUUUUGGUCUGAGAUCUGUCGCUUCCACCAUGCUCCCUGUGAGAGGGUUGAUCUGUGCUGUUAAACAGAAUUCAAAUUCUCUGAAAUACCUGCAACUCAACCUCCUGCGACAUGGAAGCUACUUCACAUCUAAACUGGUCGGAGAUCCCAGUAAAUAUACAGAUUAUGAAAUUACAAAAAAUCCAGAGGAAUGGAAGUACGUUGAGAGGUUAUUUGUGAAACCCCGUAUUCCUACACCGAAACCAAAAGAUUCUUAUCCGUCAGGAUGGACACCGCAAACUGUUGACCCAGAAAAAUGCACUUGGUUUGUUCACCGCAACAAGGCUCACAUGAUGCCUGUUUAUUUGGAUAUAUCUGAACGUGGAAUGAGGAGACUGACAAAAAUUAAAAAGGUUGACGGUGAUAUCUGGGCGUUCUAUAAGGAGUUAAAACCAUGGCUGGAAAUGGUUAAUCCUGGAAAGAUACUUGGAAUCAAGGUGAAUGAAGUCCAGCAAGAGAUUUUAAUUCAUGGAGACCAUGUAAAUCAGUGUAGAAGGUUUUUGCUAGACCGAGGUUUUUAAGUUUCUAAGUAAUUGUAUUAAAGUUUGUACAGGAUGUAAAUAUUGCGCAGUCAAGGGAAUUUUUUUUAAAGCUCUGCAACUCAAAAAAUCUUGAUUUGAAAGAAAAAGAAUUGUUUCCCUGAUUAUUUUAUUUAAUUUUUUUUGUUUAACUAUUAUCAUUGGUUAUAUUUUUCUUACACAUUGUUAGAGCUUGGCAUUGAUUUAAAUAAAAUUGAGUCAAGCAGAAA